AUGCUCUACAGAAGCAAGUUACUGUUCUCUUAUUCGGAGGCUACUGUCCUCUUUACGGAGGCCACUGUUCUCUUUACGGAGGCUACUGUUCUCUUUGCAGAGGUUACUGUCCUCUUUACAGAGGUUACUGUCCUCUUUACAGAGGUUACUGUCCUCUUUAUAGAGGUUACUGUCCUCUUUACAGAGGUUACUGUCCUCUUUACAGAGGUUACUGUCCUCUUUACGGAGGUUACUGUCCUCUUUACGGAGGUUACUGUCCUCUUUACGGAGGUUACUGUCCUCUUUACGGAGGUUACUGUCCUCUUUACGGAGGUUACUGUCCUCUUUACGGAGGUUACUGUCCUCUUUACAGAGGUUACUGUCCUCUUUACAGAGGUUACUGUCCUCUUUACAGAGGUUACUGUCCUCUUUACAGAGGUUACUGUCCUCUUUACGGAGGUUACUGUCCUCUUUACGGAGGUUACUGUCCUCUUUACGGAGGGUACUGUCCUCUUUACAGAGAUUACUGUCCUCUUUACGUUGGUUACUGUUCUCUUUACAGAGGCUUCUGUUCUCUUUACAGAGGUUACUGUUCUCUUUACGGAGGUUACUGUUCUCUUUACGGAGGUUACUGUUCUCUUUACGGAGGUUACUGUCCUCUUUACGGAGUGUACUGUCCUCUUUACGGAGGUUACUGUCCUCUUUACGGUGGCUACUGUCCUCUUUACAGAGAGACCUUUCCUCUUUACGGAGAUACCUUUCCUCUUUACGGAGAUUACUGUCCUCUUUACCGAGGGUUACUGUCCUCUUUACCGAGGGUUACUGUCCUCUUUAUGGAGUUUACUGUCCUCUUUACGGAGGUUACUGACCUCUUUACGGAGGUUACAUGAACCCUCCUUCCCUUCAUGUCUGGGUCUUGAACUGUCCUUCCCUUCAUGUCUGGGUCCUGAACUCUCCUUCCCUUCAUAUCUGGGCCUUGAACUCUCCUUCCCUUCAUGUCUGGGUCUUGAACUCUCCUUCUCUUCAUGUCUGGGCCUUGAACUCCCCUUCAUGUCUGGGUCUUGAACUCUCCUUCAUGUCUGGGUCUUGAACUCCCUUUCAUGUCUGGGUCUUGAACUCUCCUUCAUGUCUGGGUCUUGAACUCUCCU